AUGCUGCGAACUCGCUUCGAGCGUCGAGGCAACGAGAAAGACUUAGAUCAGGGUAUCGCACUCCAGACAAAAAUGCUGGCUUUGUGCCCGGUCGGUCACAAAGAUCGGUCCGGGGCAUUGAAUAACCUUGCGGUUCAACUGUCCGCCCGCUUUGACUACCGAGGCAAUGAUGAAGACUUGGAUCAGGCUAUCGCACUUCAUAGGGAAGCGCUGACUUUGCGCCCGGUCGGUCACACAUAUCGGUCCAUGUCGUUAAAUAAUCUUGCAAAUAAACUCUCCACCCGCUUUGACCGCAAAGGCAACGACGAUGACUUGGAUCAGGCUAUCACACUUGACAGGGAAGCGCUGGCCUUGCGCCCGGUCGCGCUGGCCUCACGACCGGUGGGUCACACAGGUCGGUCCGGGGCAUUAAAUAACCUUGCAAAUCGACUCUCCACCUGUUUUAAGCAUCGAGGCAAUGACGAAGACUUGAAUCAGGCUAUCGCACUUCAUAGGGAAGCGCUGUCCUUGUGCCCGAUCGGUCACACAGAUCGGUUCAUGUCAUUAAAUAACCUUGCCAAGCAACUCUUCACCCGCUUUCAGCACCGAGGCAACGAUGAGGACUUGGAUCAGGCUAUCACACUUGACAGGGAAGCGCUGGCCUUGUGCCCGGUCGGUCACACAAAUCGGUCCACGUCAUUAAACAAUCUUGCAAAUAAAUUCUCCACUCGCUUUUGCCACAGAGGCAACGACGAAGACUUGGAUCAGGCUAUCACACUUCACAUGGAAGCGCUGGCUUUGCACCCGGUCGGUCACGCACAUCGGCCCAUGUCAUUAGAUAAUCUCGCGAUCCAACUCUUCAUCCGCUUUGACCACCGAGGCAACAACGAAGACUUAGAUUAUGCUAUCGCACUAGGCAGAGAAGCGCUAGCAUUGUGCCCGGUCGGUCACACAGAUCGGUCCGGGGCAUUGAAUACCCUUGCAGUUCAACUGUUCACCCGCUUCGAGUACCGAGGCAACGACGAAGACUUGGAUCAAGCUAUCGCACUUCACAGGGAAGCGCUGAACUUGUGCCCGGCCGCAAAUGUCGUUCCUGGAGGCUUGCUAUCUCGCCUGCGAACAAGUCUACUAUGGGUUGAUCUUGCCUGUCGACAUUCGCAUGCCACUGAACUGGAGGCAUAUUCAACUUCCAUGCAACUUUUGGAUGCUUAUAUGACUACAACAGCUUCAGUGUCGUCUCGUCACAACAUCAUGAAGGACUUCUCAAGUACGCUUGCCGUUGAUGCUGCAUCAUGUGCUCUUCGUAAUGGUGAUGUUUGCCGCGCUGUCGAGUUGUUGGAACAGGGCAGGACUCUCAUCUGGACUCAAAUGACACGACUCCGCACGCCUCUUGACAGCCUUCAGACUCAUGGCGAUCAUGCAGUGGCCUUGAUGAAGAGAUUUAGAAACCUCAGCUCCCUCCUCGAUAAACCUCGCGCAAACUAUUCAGAAACAACCCCAAGAAUCCGGAAGAUCGAGGGUUUGUCUCGCUUCCUCCUUCCUCCCUUAUUCUCCGAUCUUAAAGAUGCAGCUCGUGAUGGGCCUAUCAUCAUGCUCAUCGCAAGCAAGUCGUCUUGCCACGCCAUUAUCAUCCCGCACAAGCAACCUCCGGCUAGCAUUCAACUCUCUACCAACCUUGAGAAGCUCCAGACAUUGGUGGUCAAACUCCAACGCACAGGUAGUCCAGCGCCGAUGAAAGCCUUGAUGGAGUUGUGGGAUGACGUCGUUCGUCCGGUGGUCGAAAAUCUUGGCGGAAUUGCACGCCGAGGUUCUCGAAUAUGGUGGUGCCCGACGUCUGUUUUCAAUUUCUUGCCGUUGCACGCUGCUGGCGAGUACAGGAAAGAUGGGCAGUUCCUUUCACAGCUCUAUAUCUCUUCAUACACGCCAUCGCUUACCGCGCUGAUAAAGGCUCGCAGAUAUGACAGGUCCCUGUCAGUGUCUUUUGCUGCCAUUGGUCAGAAUUGCCCGGCCGGUGCCUCAUUCACUUUGGAUUGUGUGGAGCCUGAACUGGAAUUAGUACGAAGUCUUCUACCCCCUCCCUCAACUGUUUCCUUCACGAAGAUAACGAGCGUUGAUGCAACAAAAUCGAGGGCACUACGCGCGCUGCAAGAUAAUGCUUGGCUCCAUUUUUCGUGUCACGGCAUACAGAAAUAUGAGGACCCCUUCAAUUCAGCUUUUCUCAUGCGGGACCAACCGCUUUCACUUCUCGAUAUCACACAGACUGAUCUGUCUCGGCAUGAAUUUACAUUUCUUUGUGCCUGUGAAACCGCAGUCGGCGACCGUGAUACUCCUGAUGAAGUGAUACACCUAGCGGCUGGCCUGCAAUUUGCCGGAGUUAAGAGUGUCAUUGGGACAUUAUGGAAGGUCAACGAUAGUACUGUGCACCGCUUGGUUGAAGCAUUUUACAAAAACUUUUGCGGGGAUGGCACAAUGAAUUCCAAACGAGCUGCCCGGGCGCUGCACCGAGCGGUCCAGUCGUUAGCUCGUGACACGGAGAUACCCUUGGACCAGCGCAUAGUGUUCGUGCACAUUGGUAUAUGA